AUGAGCGGUGGCAGUGUGCCCCCUAGUUCAGUCUGUAAUGACCCCUGUCAGCCUGGGUAUCAUAAGGAGAAGAAGGAAGGGGAGAAAUUUUGCUGCUACGGUUGUGCUUCAUGCCAGGAAGGGAAGAUUGCAAGCCGGAAGGAUAUGGAUGACUGCAUCACAUGUCCAGAAGACAAAUAUCCGAGCACAGACCAUGACCGAUGUAUACCCAAAGCUGUACGCUUUCUGUCUUAUGAAGAACCUUUAGGCAUCAGUUUGACUGUGGUUGCUCUUUCUUUCUCCCUGAUCACAUUUUCAAUUCUAGGAAUUUUUAUUCGGCACAAGGAUACCCCCAUAGUCAAAGCCAACAACCGGGAUAUCAGCUACACUCUUCUGGUUUCCCUUCUGCUCUCUUUCCUCUGUUCCUUGCUUUUCCUUGGACAACCGAGCAAGGUGACCUGCUUCCUCCGGCAAUCCACUUUCAGCGUCCUCUUUACAGUGGCUGUUUCUUGUGUGUUGGCCAAAACCAUCACUGUGGUGGUAGCUUUCAUGGCCACCCAACUGGGAUCCAAUGUGAGGAAGUGGGUGGGGAAAAAACUGACCACAUCCUGUGUCCUUUUCUGUUCCUUUCUUCAAGCAGGCCUUUGCACCGUGUGGUUAGGAACCUCGCCCCCCUUCCCAGAUUUUGAUAUGCAAACAUUGACUAAAGAGAUCAUCGCGGAAUGUAGGGAAGGGUCAGUCCUCAUGCUGUACGUUGUCCUGGGCUACAUGGGUCUUUUGUCCUUCAUCAGCUUGACUGUGGCCUUCUUAGCCAGGAAGUUGCCAGACAGUUUUAACGAGUCCAAAUUCAUCACCUUCAGCAUGCUGGUGUUUUGCAGUGUUUGGUUAUCAUUUGUUCCAGCUUAUUUGAGCAGCAAAGGGAAGUAUAUGGUUGCUGUGGAGAUCUUCUCAAUCGUAGCCUCCAGUGCUGGGCUACUGGCAUGUAUCUUUGGCCCCAAAUGCUACAUUAUUCUGUUGAGGCCUGACCUGAACAAGAGAGAACAGCUAAUAUCGAGGAAGAAUUAA